CACGACGUCAGCCGCAUUGCCGCCUCAUUUAAAUUCUUCCCCUCCAAGCUUGAGUUUCUUAGUAUAAAAAUGAUUCACAACAUAAAUUUGCAAUAGUAUUCCCGGGAAAUUCGCGUGAUGAGUUCUAAAUCUAAUUCGGCUUCGAGAUCGAAACGCAGUUUGAAAUCGACAUCCUCUAACCCUUCUUCAUCCAGUAAUCAUAGCGCCGAUGGUAAGAGGAAGAAAACCGAUCAGAAAACCCUCGGGAUGGCUUGGGGAGCGAAUUCUCGUCCCUCGUCUCGCACCGCCUUCCGCAAUUCGCCCUUCACCGAUUUUGGCAGUUACAUGGCUGUGAAGAAUCAGAAACUACAUGAGCAGUUUGAUGCCGCUGCUUCAAGCUCUUCCCACAGUGGGUCCAGUUCCGGGAAUAUAUUUUAUGGGGUUUCCAUUUUUGUUGAUGGAUAUACUGUUCCUUCAAGUCAGGAGCUCCGAGGAUACAUGUUGAAGUAUGGAGGGCGCUUUGAAAAUUAUUUUUCAAGGCAUCGGGUUACACAUAUAAUUUGCAGCAAUCUCCCUGACAGUAAAAUCAAGAAUUUGAGGGCAUUCAGCGGUGGGCUUCCGGUUGUUAAGCCUGCAUGGUUGCUGGACUCUGUUGCUGCUAAUAAACUUCUUAGUUGGACUCCUUAUCAACUUGAUCAACUUGCUGCUGAAAAUUGUAACCAAGCAAAGUUGUCUGCCUUUUUCACUCUCCAAAACAACGAUGCACCCGAAAUCGCAAAUAAUUCUGUUGAUGAUUGUGACAAUCAAUUAUUGAUUAAGAAGGAUGAAGGCCGUGUCUCUUUAGAACAAACAGAGAGGUGCAAUAGAGAACAGAUUGACCACUUGCAACUUAAGACUGAUAGGGUGAUGUCUGAAGAGCCAUCAUGUAGUGUGGAAAGUUCCUGUGAAGUGAAAGGUCUUGAACAAAGUGAUUGUUCACCUUUAGAUAGGAAGAAUUCUGAUUUGGAGAACAAGUCUAGUCCAUGCAAGGCUUCUGUUUCUCAUUGCAGUAAUAGCCCGCAUAAUCAGAAUUCGUGUGAAGCUUCAAGCUCAAGAAUUUGUUUGCCCACUAAUCAACGCCACUCAACACUCUCAGAUCCCAAUUUUGUGGAAAAUUAUUUUAAGAGUUCAAGGCUGCAUUUUAUUGGUACUUGGAGAAACCGAUAUCGUAAGAGAUUUCCCAGCUUGUCUAAUGGGAUUACAUCUGGAGUUUCUGGUCUGUACACUGCGGGUUCCAGUCACAAAACUGCUGUAGCGAAUGAGAAGAAUGUUGUGAUACACAUCGACAUGGACUGCUUCUUCGUUUCAGUAGUCAUCAGGAACCAUCCUGAGUUACAGGGAAAGCCUGUUGCUGUCUGUCAUUCAGAUAAUCCCCGUGGUACAGCUGAAAUCUCAUCAGCCAAUUAUCCAGCCCGAGAAUAUGGAGUGAGGGCAGGGAUGUUUGUGAAAGAUGCGAAGAGUAGGUGCCCUCAGCUUGUAAUUGUUCCAUAUGACUUUGGAGCUUAUGAGAUGGUGGCAGAUCAAUUUUAUGACAUUCUUCACAAUCACUGCAACAAAGUGCAGGCUGUGAGCUGUGAUGAAGCAUUCUUAGAUGUAUCUGAAUCAGAAAUGGGGGACCAUGAGCUUUUAGCCUCGAUAAUCAGAAAGGAGAUUCUUAACACUACAGGAUGCACUGCUAGUGCAGGAAUUGCAGAAAAUAUGCUUAUGGCUCGCCUUGCUACAAAAACUGCAAAACCAGAUGGCCAGUUCUAUAUUCCUACUGGAAAGGUGGAUGAUUAUUUAUACACACUUCCCGUUAAGGCACUUCCUGGUAUUGGACAUGUUUUGGAAGAAAAAUUGAAGAAUAAACAAAUUAGAACCUGUGGCCAAUUGCGGUCAAUUACCAAGGAGUCCCUUCAAAAGGAUUUUGGGAUGAAAACUGGAGAGAUGCUGUGGAACUAUAGUCGGGGAAUAGACAACCGACUGGUUGGAGUGAUUCAGGAAAGCAAGUCUAUUGGUGCAGAAGUAAACUGGGGCGUCAGAUUCAAUAAUGCAAAUGAUGCUCAGCACUUUCUAAAAAAUCUAUGCAAGGAGGUAGCACUUCGAUUGCAGGGAUGUGGAGUGCAAGGAAGAGCUUUUACUCUCAAGAUAAAGAAGAAGAAAAGUGAUGCAGGAGAACCAGUAAAGUACAUGGGCUGUGGGGACUGCGAGAAUCUCAGCCAUACAAUAACAAUCCCAAUGGCCACAGAUGAUGUGGGCGUGCUUCAGAGGUUGGCAACUCAGCUUUUUGGGCAUUUCCACAUAGAUGUCGGAGAUAUUCGAGGUGUGGGCUUACAGGUCUCGAAACUUGAAGGAGCUGAUGAUAGCAAAUGUGGUAACAAAAGAAAUUCCAUUCUUCCCUGGGUUUCCUCCACAUCAGUAAAGGACAAGAAUCAGAACCAAAUAAGUGAUCUUCCAAAACUUGGCGAGUCAGAUGCUUGGAGACCAAGCAGUGGUGUGCUGCGUCAGCCGAGCUCCGGCAUUAAAGAAUCCUCUACUGAAACGCGAGCUGGCUUGUCCAGCUCUGAAACUGGCACUCACAAUUCCUCAGUUCUUCCUCCUCUUCAAGAUCUAGAUGUGGCUGUUAUCGAGUCUUUACCCCCUGAGGUGGUUUCUGAAAUCAAUGAAAUGUAUGGCGGAAAGUUAUUAGGUUUUAUUUCUGCAAGUAAAAGCAAAAUUAUCGAUAUAAACACCCAUGCUGCCUCAACGAAAAGUUGUGAAGAUUCAGGUGUAGCAGUUGAGGGUACGGGAUCUCUUUCAGGAGCUCACCUUGUAGAAUCAAAUAUGGUUGCUACUGAUAAGGUAAUGAAGUGGGACAAGGAAGAAGAUCCGAAUUAUGCUGCACCUGCUACUUUAUCUCGGAGACAUAUCAUGCCCUCAUCUCUAAGUCAAGUUGAUUCCUCAGUGUUCCGAGAACUGCCUGAGGAAUUGAGAAAAGACAUUAUCGAACAUCUUGCCCAUCACGAAGGACCAGAAUAUGUGAAAGGAGCCUUCAGUGAUGUGUCUGAUAAACAGACUGAAGUUGAAGCCUCUGACUUAAGUGGCCUUUGGAUCGGAAAUCCUCCGAAGUGGGUUAAGAAGUUCCAAAUAAGCAACUGUGGCUUGUUAACUAUUUUUGCGGAAGUAUAUCAGUCUGGAUCUGGUAGUUGUUUGUCUUCUCUACUGCAGUGUUUGAUGUCUAGGAUACUUACUGGAGGCGGCGCUGACGGAUUCGGUAAUGCUGUUAGUUGGCUGCAUGAGCUUUUCAAGCAGUAUAUAGAUCUCAAAAUUACAACAGAUGUUGAGGAGAUCUAUGUAUGUAUAUGUCUAUUGAGAAGGCUGACUGGAAGGUCUGAGUAUCUCUUACAAGUCUACAAUGCUAUAAUUCCUCACUUGCAGGCAUCAAUGGGUGAAAACUAUGGGGGCACCCUUUGCAUUCCUUCGCUGUAGGAAUUGUUUAUGCAGAUUCCAUUGUCAUGAGAGCUAAUCUUUCCUGACACUUGAAUCUGGCUAUGAUGGAAAAUGCUAUGGGUAAGCCAUUAGUACACUAGUUAUAUGUAUCUCUAUGUAUUUAUUCAUUCUGAAAUUCAGAAAUGAAGUAUGAAGUUGGGGAGGUCGAAUAAUCUGGUUGAUUUUUAGAUAGAUAAACCUUCUGAAUUGAUAGAGUGAAGGCUAUUUCACGAUGGAAGGGAAUUCAAACCACACUUUAGAUUAGAAAUAACUCAAUAUUUAAUUUUUAGUAUUUCAAAGAAUGAAUAGUACACAAGUACACGUCUUAAGGUAAUUUAACUAUAUUAUUUAUUUAAUAGUUUCUAAAGUAUAACCAUCUUAACAUAUAAUUACUUGAUCAAAAUUAGAAAUAACUCACUAUUUAAUUUGGUAGUAUUACUAUAGAUUGGUUAAAAAUCAUGGUUCCCUCUCUACUUUUGUACUUAGUGAUCCCAUCACCCAAAAGUGAUGACAAAUAGAAAAUUGUUUCACCAAGUUCAUGCUUUACCUUUUUUCUUCUUUUAUUUUUCACUUUGGUAAAUGGUUAGGAAGGAGAUCGAAUGACUUGAUAUUUUGUUUUGUUUGAUUGAGUAUUAUAUAGGAUAAUUAUUUGAAUUGUUCUAAGAAUAUGAGGGGAAUAAGGUUUGUUGACUCUUAAAUCCGAACGGGCCUAUUUCUCAUAGAGGAAAAAAAAUAAAGCCAAUUAAUAUUAGUGGGAAGGGAUGUGGAAACACGGUUAAUGUUUUCUAUGGUCACAGCUGACAUAUGUAAGUAUAUACUAUCGUAUUUCAUUGUUGUUUUCGCAUUAUCACAUAGUUGAAAAACUAAGAUUUUUGGAGAAAUGUACAAAUGGCGAAAAAUCCUCACUUUGUGUUAGGCCGCAUUACAUUACCGAAGACUGGGUCUCCUCUUCUAGUCAUGCCAUUUAAAAAAUAUAAACGUAUUUGCUGGAUGCUGCUGUAGAAUUUUGGCAUUCACUAUAUAUAUCCCUAGUGCUUCGACACUCUUAACACACCCGAAACAGAUAACUACAGCAAUGGCCAACUUCGUGUUGAUAUUGUCUUGUUUGUCAAUCCUAUCAGCAAUACGAGGAAAUGAGGCUGUCCAAUACACUGU